AGUUUACAAACAUGUGAUGUGACGACCAGGAAGUCUGCAGAUACGUGAUGCUCAGACCAGGGGCUCUCGACAGACACAUGAUGUUUCCCCCCCCUCCUCAGGUGUUCUACGGAGACCCCCGCUACAUCCUCUUCAUCCAUAUGGUGAUCAACGAUGCGGUGCAGCUGACCGUCACCAUCAUGCUCUUCAUCCUCAGCUACGUAUACUACAGGAUCAACGUCUCCUUCUGCUGCUUCUUCAUCCUGCUGGCCGUCUUCACCACCCGCAACACGCCCGUCAACCUCGCCAGCAUGGCCAUCGAGCGAUACAUCGCCAUCUGUGACCCGCUGCGCCACGCCCAGGUCUGCACAGUGCGGAAGACCUACAUCCUCAUCGGGCUGAUCUGGCUCAUAUCCGUGGUGCCCGACAUCACCGACCUCUUCGUCACCCUGGCCAACGAGCCACUGAGCUUCUUCCACGAGUCGGUGUUCUGCCUGCGGCAGAACAUCUUCAAGGACCCCGUGCUGGCGUACAAGCGGCAGGCCUUCGACGGGCUGUACUUCUCCUGCGUGUUCCUCACGCUGGUGUACACCUACCUCAGGAUCCUGUUUGCCGCCCGGGCCCACUCCACCGAGAAGACGUCGGCCCGGCGAGCCCGGAACACCAUCUUGCUGCACGGCUCGCAGCUGGCCAUGUGCAUGCUGUCCUACAUCUCGCCCAGCGUGGAGAUCAUCCUGCACCUCAUCUUCCCCGGCCGCAUCCUGGAGAUCCGAUUCGCCAACUACCUCGUCGUCUACAUGCUGCCGCGGUUCCUCAGCCCGAUCAUCUAUGGCGUGCGGGACAAGAAGUUCAGGAAUCACCUCAGAAAGUACUUUGUCGGGGGUUGCAGGGUCGGAUUGCAGAAAGGGAACGGGACCUUGUGAGGAUUUCGUAAAAAAUUUCCAAUUUCGAUUCAGGGGAUCAAGUAACAUUGGUAGAAAUAAAUAUUGUUUGUAAAUAGUGUAAAAAAUACAUAAUAUUGUUAGGAACACCAAAUUCAUUGUUGAUGAAUACAUGUGCUCUUCAGUGUCUGUUAUAAAAAACACACAGUUCACAUGUACACACACAAACACACACACACACACACACGCACACACACGCACACUCAAACACAUACACCACAGACAUACACACACAAACAGAACAGAACAACUCAGAGUUCAACAUAGCGUCAUACACGCACUGUUAAUAUUUA